AACUGACACGUUUAGACCACUUCCAGUUACUUCCAAGAUGGCGCGAGAGUCUUACGUUUGGACCGACAGAGAGGUGGAAUUACUUUUAAAUGUUACGUUAGACUAUAAAACUAGUAAGAUACAAGAAGGUGUUGACUGGGAGUCGUGUCAACCUAAGUAUGGGGAUAUACUGGCUCUGUUUUUAGAACAGUACCCAACGGAGACCUCUGAGGAUUUUCCUCAUCGGAAGGAGGACGUUAGUCGGACCUCGCUAACGACAAAACUGAAGGCAGUUAGAGGAAAAUACCGGAAAGCAGUUGACACUGGGCGUAAGAGUGGACACGGUAGAGUAGUACUCCUGUACUUUGAACUCUGCGAGCAGGUGUGGGGUGGUUCACCGGCCACUACAACGUUGUCGUCCGGUGUUGAAAGUACGGACCUGGACGAAUCAUUCACACCAUCGACUUCCUCGGGCUUGUCGAGCUUGUCGGCGCAGGAUGUCGGGUCAGAAACUGAAGCAGAACGUGGUGAAAGUGUGGCCCCCAGAGAACGUGACGAAAGUGUGGCCCCCAGAGAACGUGACGAAAGUGUGGCCCCCAGAGUGAAGGAGAGGAGAGACCUGCUUCAUGCAAAACUGAAGGGACACCGACAUGAAAGGCUGAAGAGAAGACUGCCAGCUGAGGUCCAGUCACAGAAUGCUGUUGAAGAGGACCAAAGCAUCAAGAGGAGGCUGGUCGAGAUUCUGGAAACCUCUGAAAAACAGGCGUCUGAGAACUUCAACAGAUUAACCGAUACUCUUGAUAGGCUUACUGCUUCAAUUGGUGAUGGCUUUGCUCUCCUGCAGCGGGUUGUGAAUACACCCCCACCAGUGCCACAUUACAGCAUGCCAUUCGAGGGAAGAGGUCCUUAUGGACAGAUGUAUGCACACACACCACUACGCCCAUAUCCCCCAAAUUUAAAUUCAGCACUUCACACAUUCCCACACAACUCAACGGCCGGCAAUAGAACACGGAAUGCUGUACCACUUAGCACCAUCAACCCAACCCAACAGACACCUGAUGAAGGAAUGCAGCAGUUUUCAUAUACCCGGUCUCUUUUUGAGGACGAUUGAUGACCUCCUUUUGUGAGUCAUGGCCGUUCCUGCACUGCGUUAUUCUUGAAGCCUCUUGAAAAGUUUAAUUGGAUGAUGCUUUUAUUUAAUCAUCCAAAUGUGUAUUAUAGAGGCAGCUUAUUUGCACUAUGUUUGUCUGACAUUUUUUUUUGUGACUCUUUACAGUGUCAGGUCUUUUUGUUGAACAGCAGUACAACUGCGUUAUUCUUGAAGCCUCUUGAAAAGUUUAAUUGGAUGAUGCUUUUAUUUAAUCAUCCAAAUGUGUAUUAUAGAGGCAGCUUAUUUGCACUAUGUUUGUCUGACAUUUUUUUUUGUGACUCUUUACAGUGUCAG